CAAAAUACCAUUGAAUAUUUGACUAUUGACCUACAAUCAAAAUUCAAAAAAAUAGUAUUUAUAAUACGAUCUAAAUUUACAGUUUGUAAUAUAAAAAAGUAAUACUAAAAUAAAUUAAACUAUCUCUAUAACUUAUAAAAUGUUAAAUGAUCCUUUAACUAGUAUAAGUUCAAAAGCCUAAAUUAUUGAUACAAUUUUUGAACUAAAUUUUAUAAGAUGUUAUUUACUAGAUUAAAACCCAUAUUCUGGUCUCGUUUAAAUCAAGAUUUAAUUUUCAAAGUAUCCAGAUGUCUGAAAUGUGAUUCAACAUACGCAGAGACUGUUGAAGUAGCAUACUCAACUUAUGAAAGUACCGAUGUCGAUACUUCUAAACAACCACCCUUGGUAAUUUUGCAUGGCUUAUUAGGAUCAAAGAAUAACUGGAAUAGUAUGAGCAAAGCAAUCCAUAAGACAACUGGACGGAAGAUCAUUAGUAUAGACGCUCGUAACCAUGGAGACAGUAGACAUUCACCACAGCAUUCUUAUAUUCAUAUGGCCCAUGAUGUUAUGAAGCUAUUAAGAAAACUAGAAAUAUCUAAAGUAUCAGUUCUUGGACAUAGCAUGGGUGGUCGAACAGCUAUGGUUCUGUCGCUUCUCUGUUCGGACCUAGUGUCGAGUUUAAUUGUGGUUGACAUAUCACCAGUAAAAACCAGUCCACAAAUAUUCUCAAUGAUGAACCUUUUUGAUGCAAUGGCCGCUGUCUCAAUACGAUCUGACAUUGCCAUGUCAAAGGCAAGAAAAUUAGCUGAUGAUCAACUCAGAAGUAUUACACCGGAUGUCAACUUACGAAACUUUCUGAUAACAAAUCUGAUACAAACAAAUGCGGGAACGUACACAUGGAGGGUUAAUAUUCCGGCAUUGAAAUCCAACUUCCAGUCAAAUAUUUCUAAUUUCCCAGUUAGCUUAAAAGGAUUACAGUAUUGUGGACCAACUUUAUUCAUUGGUGGAUCUCUCUCCGAUUACAUUGGAAAAGAUGAUCUUCCGGAAAUCAAAGAAUACUUUCCUCUUGCAGACCUCGUGUUUAUUGAAGGAGCUGGACAUUGGGUGCACAGUCAAAAACCAGAGAAGUUUCUAGAAACUGUAUGCAAAUUUUUAGAAGAUAAAUGAAAUUCAAACAAAUUAAUAUAGCAUGGAAUUUUAUUUUAAUAUUAUUUGAAUUGUUUUACAAAAAAAUAGUUUAUAUUAGCUGUUGUUAUGAAUAAAUAUACAAUUAUUCAAGGUUGAA